CCACGCUAGUUUGUCCUCCCAAGAAACCCCAGAAAGGCCGCGGCCUAAUCGUGCAAAACCCUCCGAAAAGGACCAAGGCGAAACCAUUACAACUAGACCCGCACACCUCCGGUAACGUGGGCUUAUGUAAACACUUCCCCUAGGAAAAGCUACUGCAACGCAACAGAAGCGCCACCAAACGACGCGGCUGGAGCGCUACCGCCAGCUCCCCAGGGCACCCACCUGCACGUUCGGCCUGUUCCUCUUCGUGGCGCCUUCGAAGGCCAGAUUUGGAUGGAGUCUCAGUAUCUGAAGCAAUGCCUGGGAAGUUGUUUGAAGAAGGGGCUGGCAGAGGUUGUAGAGCAUCGGCCGGCAGAUCCCAUCGAGUAUCUUGCACACUGGAUUUACAAUUACAGAAGAAACUUAGAUGAAGAAAAAAAGAGAGUGCUGGAGAGAGCUGAGCUGGAACAAGAACGGGAGGCAGCUCUAGCAGAACUUGAAAGGUUGAGAAUCCAGGAGGAAGAGCAGCGGAAACUUGAAGAACAACGUCAGGCUCAGUUGGAGAAAGAACGUGCAGAGCUGGAAGCACAGAUUGAAGCUGAAAAGCAGUUGGAGCAGGAGGAUCAAGAGGAAGAUGAAAUCACAGUAUCUGAAAUUACAGAUAGACCUGGAACACCUACUUCUGAGGAGCCAGAUGCAAGUGAACUGAGUCAAACAGAUCUCCCAACAGUAACAGAAGAAGAAGAAGAAAGUUAGAACUGACCUGAAAGCAGUAAAUAUAUUUUCUGCUCAUUACUUGCUGAUCCUCAAGUGUAGUAUCUUGAUUUAUGUAUUUUAUAAAUAGAACUGAUUUACAUGCCUGUUUUUCCAGUGUCUGUUUCUAAGGUGUUUGUAUAAAGUCUCUUAAUUCUGACACUAACUCUUUUUGUUUUUAAACCAUUGUAGCUAACAUGGCUGACUUGCAGGAAGAAAACUGCAGCAAAUAUAUUUUCUACUUAUUGCAUAUCGAACUGUAAUAAAUACAAAUAUAACUAAUAUGUCAAUAUGAUUUGAGGAAUAGAUGCUACAAUAUGGUAACUUGAAUCAAAAGAAUAAAAUCUUACUGAAAAUGAUUUUCCAAAAAUUUGCAUGGUUUCUGAUAGAAAAAGGGGAUGCUCUACAGAUUAAAAGAUGGAGAGAGUAUUCUGGACAUCAAACUUGGUGCAAAAAUCCAAUCAGAUUUCCCAAAUGUAUUUGAAAGAGGUAGAUUUCACUCUGACUCAGUAUAUACUAGAAGAUCUUGUCUCCUAGAAGUGAGGUGGUCUUUGUAACAUGAGAUGUUUGCUCUAGGCUUUAUUAUUAGAUAAAUAUAUUUAAUAUUAUAGUUAUUAUUAGAGUAUUUUGGGUAUUGUGUGGUACAUACAAGGUAAGCUGUGUCUGCAUAUUAGUUUUGAUUAGUAACAUUUUUAAUCUUUUCUGCAUUUUCCUUGAAUUUGUAAACCAAGAAAUCAAAUCUAUUUUCUCUACUAAGUACCAUUAUAAUUUCUCAAAACUUAUUUUCUAAAAAUUUAGAAUAUUUAGCUUGAUCCAUGGUUAUCUAUAAAAAUAAGUUCUAUAAUCCUUAAAAAUGCAUUUUUACAAGAACAGAUGUUUGUAAUCACUGAUAUCUUGGUAUAGGUUAUUAAAAAUGUUCUGUGUCUCUUCAUGACAAAUGGAAAAAGCAUCAACAUUAAGAAAUCCUGUGCUUCUUCAAUAACAUGUGCCUUUACAUUUCUGUCUUCUGCUACAGGUUAGAUGGUCAUGGCCAAUAUUGAAAAAACCUUUCAUUACAAAAUCAGUACAUGGUUAAUGUAUUCACUGCAUUCUUCAGUCUUGGGAUGAAAGAGAUUUCUCUGAUAAUUUCACUUCAAUUUUUUAAUAGUAUAGCUUAGUCUAAGGGAUUUGCUGUGUAAUAUAUUAUUUUUUCCUUAAAGAUAAAGUACCUUUAUUAAAAGAAUCCUGUGCUCAUUUUAUUGGAUGCUAAUAACCACAUCUAUAUGAGCAUCUUUAAAGUCAAAAGAGGAAAAUAUCACUUACCAGGUAUAAGUACUUAGAAAUGUUUGUGUAACUUUUGGAGUCAUGAAAAAAUGGAACUGCUUUUGUGUCUAAGUAUUCAGGCUUUGUUAUCUACAAUAAUUCUGAUUGGUUUGCAGUUUUUGUGAUCGUCAGAACCUUUCCUGUAGCAUGAAUACACCUUUGUGGUUGAUGUUUUAGUAGACAGAUUUUGACAGUUUACGAUUAUGUUUGUUAGUAACAGUUAAAAUGGAAUAAUUUAAGGACACACUUUGACAUCACAGUUCUAAUUACACCUGUUAACACUGUAUUCCCAGCAGCCUCUUGGGCCAAUCUCAAAGGAGGAAAUGGAUAAACAGAUGGAGUUUGUCUUUUAAAUCAAUAUGUAUAUGAUUCUUUAUAUUUAGAUUAACACUUCCAAAAACUGGUAACUCUUUGUCCAUUUACACUUAAUGUCCAGUCAUGUUAACCAUGAAAAUUUCAACUUUCAUAGAGCCUUCAAAAUGUAAGAUACUAUUUUAAAUAUACUAGAAAUUAAUUCUAAUGACGUGUUGCUUUCAUUUUCUUAUCAUUUCAUUCUGUUUGUAGCUUUGUUUGAUUUUGUUAUACAUGCGUCCACUAGAGUGCAUCCUAAAUAAACACACUGGGAACUCUGUCAAUUAUAGCCCAUGAAAACUACAACUUCUGUUUGUCAUUUUGUUUCAGCUUAUUUUUAACUAUGACUUUUUCUUUGUGAUGCUGCAGUCUAUAUUCCUCAUUUAUUUCAAGGGAGGAAGUUUUGGAUGGAAUUUUUAUCAGAAAAUUACUGAACAAAGGUCAAAAUAAAGUGGCAGAUUCCAA